AUGACUUCACCAGCGCAGGUAGCCCUGCCACUCUCGCCCCCGCCCUUCUCCCCUCCCUCACCGUUCACUACCACGGCUGGGACCCCUUUCGGGACAUCCAGCCCUGGACUCUCCCUACCCCGCCGACCCUCCCUCUCGGCCACUCACUACUCCGAGUCGGCCUCUCGGCGGUCAUCCGCCUCGCAGACGCCAUCACACUCGUACCAGAACCUGACGAGGUCGUCUUUGCGUCCAAGGCUCGACAGGUCAUUCACGGCUAUCCGGAAGGUGGACCCGUUCCAUGAAGGCGCAACUAUUGAGGUGAAUCAGCCGGUCGGGAGUCUGAGUAUCAGCCCGAGUAAUCGCGACGUCUGCCUCGCGAGUCGGAAGGGGCUGUACAUCAUCGAUCUGGCGAACCUGAACAAUGCGCCGAGGUUCAUACCCCAGGGCGGGACCUGGCAGAUUGCCGAUGUCCAAUGGUCCCCUCAUCCCGCUACCUCCAACCUCAUCCUCUCCACGUCCUCCCAGAAGCUGCUCGUAUGGGACCUCGCGGCUCAGACCCACCUCCACCGCUCGAUAGACGCCCACGCCCGCGCUAUCACCGAUAUCAACUGGCAUGCGCGGGAUCCGAACCUCAUGGCGACCGUGGCGAUGGACGCGGGGAUCAGGGCAUGGGACCUCCGUAGUCUCCCUCGACCGGUCAUGCGCCUGUGUGCAUGGGGACAGGCAGGGACCCAGGUCAAGUGGAACCGACAGCACGACCACCUGCUCGCUACGGCGCAUGGGAAGGAGGUAUUAGUGUGGGACAACAGGAAGGGGUCAGUCCCGGUCGUAGCCUUCAAAGCGCACGACGCAAAGAUCUACGGGCUGGACUGGGAUAGACAGUGGAGGCACAAGCUGGUCACAUGUUCACUAGACAAAACGGUCAAGUACUGGACGGUACCGGAACUCCGGACCUCAGCUGGCGCUACCGACGAGGCCUUCUACCCCGGCCUAGCCGCACCAUCCGAAGCUACCUCUACCAUCCACACCGGCUACCCCGUCUGGCGAGCCCGGAACCUUCCCUUCGGACACGGCGUCCUCACCCUUCCUCAGCGCGGAUCGGACCAUCUCGAGAUGUACGCGCUAGGUAACGACGAGCCCGUCCAGACCUUCGAGGGCCACUCGGACGUCGUCAAGGACUUUGUGUGGCGCUCACGCGGGGGAGAAGACGCCAACUUUGAGAAUCGCGAAUUCCAGCUUAUCACCUGGAGCAAGGAUCAUACGCUCCGAGUCUGGCCGAUCCAGCGGGAAGUCGCCGAGAAGGUCGGAUACCAGUAUGGGGCGCCUAUCCAGGUAUUGGUAUCUCGUCGAGGCGCAAAGGAUAUCACAUAUACGAUACCGCACGAUGCGGAGCAGCGGAAGACGCUGCCUAUGCCGAUCGUCAAUGUGCCGUCGGGGAUCGCCAAGGCAAAGUCAGUCAAGGUUGCUGAGGUAGGGAUGACGAGGGGCGGUGGAAAGGCGGUAGGGAUGGACCAGCUGGACUGGUUGACGAAAGUCGUCAAGAACAAGGCUAGUCCUGAUAGCAGUGUCCAGCCAAGCCGGAUGGGCAGUAUCAGUCGGGGGGCGAGCAGGAGUGCGAGUAGGGAGAGGAGGCAGAGUGAGCGUGGCGUCAGCGUCGGGUUUGGCGAUCGCGAUGGGUGGAUCAGUCUGAAGGACGAGGUCGUGCAUGUCAAUCGGCUCUUCCCUCGGCCUCGGAUCAACUUUGAGAAGAUCGACCUACACCACCGCAAACUCACCAUGUCGAUGCUCGGUCCCUGGGCAAAUGGCGAGCGCAUGGCCUUUAUUCGGAUACACUGGCACUUUCCCGCCCAAUACCCCUAUGCCCCCGAAAUACCCACUUUCGAGCUCGAGCGCAACCCCACGGUCUCCCCCAUCGUUCGCCAAGAGAUCAUCAUGACCAUCAAAAGCAUCCGGGCGGAGAACAGGCAAUGUCUCGCAGCAAUCAGCUCUUUUCUAGUCGGCGAGCACCAGCGGCUCGGACGGACGAGGGUGAAUCUCGAUAGCGAUUCAGAUAGCGAGAGGGAGGUGGAUAUUGGGGUGUCGAACAAUGUAGUCAUGCUCACUCGGACCUCUGGGGCUACAUUUGGACCAAACGGCGAGCUGGUCUGUUUCUUCCCGAAGCAGACCCUCCUUCCCCGACUCCGCGCCAUGUCGCGCUCCCCAUCCGUCAGCCGAUCAUCCAAUCCCUUGUUGAAAGCCAUGUCGGCUCUUGCGGGCCUCUCCAACCCGAACUCCCGUACGAUCCGGACAAGACCCCGGAUCCGCCGAGCUCGGAUCGAGGUCGCUCCGCAAGCUGUACAGGCCGGAUCGACAAUGACAAUUCACGAUACAACAGCGCUCGGGCAUCCCAGUAAGUACCUGGCGAGGCAGUACGGUAUCCCCACCGAAGCGGCGGAUUUGGACCGGAUGGUCGGCGUCGCAAUGGACGCGAAGCGGCUUGAUCAUGUCUUGCUGCUCGAGACGCUGAGGGGAGUGCUGGAGGAUCCGCCUCCGCCUUAUUCGCUCCAUCCGAGCUUCCUUGGCGAGAAGGAUGCCAGGCUAGAUAGAGAAAGAUGGGAGCGGGGAGUCGCGUCGCGCCUGGUGGUACUGGACCAAAUCUUCGAUACUCUGAUCGCUUUCCGUGAUUUCCAGAUGCUCGCUCUAGUGUCCGUGCUCGUUCUCCAGCACACCCAGUCCGAGAUCGUCCCUGAGGUCCCACACCAACUCGUUGCGCACUCGCCCGAACAAGACUACUUUGGUCUCCCCCGGUCUACAUCGUACCACACCCUCUCUCGUGGCCGGAGCGGUAUCACCCCCAGCCCGAACCACCGCGCUGGAUCCGGUAUCCAGCCAUUAUCGCAAUCUCACCGGAACUCGUCUUACUCUGCGUACGGGUCCAGCGGGGCCGGUGUCACUGGGAGCAGUAGCGGCGGUGGGGUAUCGGGCUGGUCUUCCAUCUUGCAUCCGAGCACGAUUUCACUGCGGAGCUCGGAGGCGGUCACGCCUAAAGACCGGACGAGCUUUGAUCGGGGACCAUACGGCCUGAGUAUGGGGGACGACGCGUCGCCAACCCCCGGAGUGGGGCCGCAUGCGGGUCUUGGGCGGGUCAAGUCGAGUCCCCGCGUACCGGAGUACGAGCCUCGUAGUGCUGGCGGACAAGAUAAAGGCAGACGUCGUCAUGAUUCCGAUAUUGGACAGGGAGACCGCGGAUCCCGCCGCCCUACGCAUCUAUCGAUGGGCACCUACUCUUCCGGAGGGACAGCUACGCCCGGCCUUGGGCAGGCAUCGAGCAAUACUACCCCGACACCUGGCGAUCACCGGGGUUCGGUACCUCCGCUCCGAUCGGCAGAAACCGACCGGAGUCUGGGGAGUGUUGGUAGUGUAGGAUUUGGGAGGCAUCAUUCCGCUGGGCAUAUACAGUCAGGGGGAAGUUCGGGCUGGGCGGGAGGGUCCGGGAGCGGUGCUGGUGGGGUCUUGAGAUCGGCGAGGGCGUGGACGGAUUCGAAGGAGAGUCCGGCGCCUGCCGGGAGGAGGCUGACGAGUGCGAGACGGGGGACUGUGAGACUGGAGGAGGAGAGGAUGAAGGAGGGUAGAGGGAGGAGGACGUGUGGCGUCAGGAUCGAGCUGGUCAUGGACGAUGCUGAACCCCCUGCUCUGCUCUCGCCGGAGAGACUGAGGCAGUGUGAGGCGUGGAAACUCGCCUAUGCGGACUUUCUGCUUCGGGCGGAAUUGUACGGACUUCGUGCAGAAUCGCUGGCCGUGCGCUUUCUGCCUGAUGAGUCUGCCUCGGCGCAGGCCAUGUCUACAAAGCCCGGCGGCUCUGAAAAUACCGGCAUUGCUUGUGUGACCUGCGGACCAACUCUCGGAGAGCUGUGUACUGCCUGCGGAGAGAAGGCCGUCCAGCCACUAUGCUCCUUCUGCCGCCUACCGGUCAAAGGUCUCUCGACGACAUGCGCUAUCUGCAACCACAAGACCCAUCUCGCCUGCGCGCGGAAACAACAAUCCGUUCUCAGCAGCCGCGCGCCGAGCGGGACCACCUGCGCAGCAUGCCCAUGUCGCUGUCUCGCGCAAGGCGGUCUUACCUCCGGCACCAUCGCGUGCGCCACUACUUCCGCCGUUACGGCUCUUCCGGCCGCAUCGGCUCCGUACGUCUCGUACGCUACCGCCGCGUCUGUCAGUGCCGCGCCUGCCUUCUCCAGGGGCGCCACUGCCUCCGCGUCCAACACCGGUACGCGGAGCUGGAAGAUGCUCGAUAUGCUUCGGGAGCAGGAUCGUCUUUUGGCAAAUCCGUCUUCGUCGUCGAGCGGAGUGCAGAGCGCAGCGUCGUCCCCCGUAACUCAGUACCCGGCGACGGAGGGCUUCGGGCCACAAGUCGGGCAGCACGGCCAUCGGCCCUCCUUCGGCGCAUUCGGGACGGCCGCUCCGACUUCUGGUAGCUCGGGAUAUAGCGCGUUAGGUCUGGGCUUUGGCGAGGCCGGAACGGCCAGGAAUGGAGAGGCAGAGCAGGCCGGACCGGCGGUAUCGGCCGCGCCGCCGGAGAGGGAGAGAGAGGGUGGCGGGGCGGUACAUUACGGUGCGGCUGGGAUUUUGGCGCGCGCGAGGGCAGUGAUGGACAGUGGAUCUGGAUGGAGAUCUAAUGGGUUGUAG